AAUAUCUACAUCGACGUUCGCAGAACCCGUCUAAAAGAUAGAAGAGAAGGAAGAUUUGAUCCUUCCUUGCUUAAAAAUAGGAUAUUGGAUUAGCAAAAAAUAUACCAGAGGAUCUUGAUCAGUAGAAGAUAUGUCUAAGAGUAGAGCAGAGUGCUUUAGAAUCCUUGGGCUUCCACCAACAGCGAGUGAAAAGGAAAUCAAAGACGCAUAUCGAAAGAAAGCUUUAGAGCUUCAUCCAGACAAAAAUCCUGAAAACCCUGAAGCAGCAACAGAAAGGUUUCAAGAACUUCAAGAAGCUUAUAAUUCUCUCGUAACUGAAGAUGAAGAUGAGGAAGAUACUGUUGGUAUACCUGAAUGGCUACGAGUGAUAAUAAUUCUUCAAGAACGAGAGAGGAGAAGAAGGGUAUUCGAAAAUUUAUUYAGAUUUGGCCGAAUGUUUAACCCAUUCGUUUUCGAUGAUGAUGAUGACGAUGAUUAUUAUUAUAAUGGCGGAUACAGACGGAGAAAUACGUAUAGAACAGAAAGACCAAGAUGCUACCAUAAUCAUUGGGAAUCAAAUAAUUUUGAAAAUUAUAAUAAUCAUAAUUCGAGUUUUAGAGCAAAUAGGAAUCAGUAUAACGGAAGUGAAGAACGAAAGAAAAAUUCCUAUACUGGACGAGAUGAAAAUGAUAAAUCGUCGAAUCCCUCUGCUGACUGGUUACCUAAACAAGAAGAAAAGCCUCCGACGCUUUCAGCAAAACAGAAGAAGAAGAAGCAAUCAAGCUUAAGGAAAAGUAAGAAGAAAAGAGAGAAAGAAAAACGACAAACACAAGCUAGAAAUAUAAAUGGAACGAAAAUUAAUGGGGUCAGUCAGGAGAAUUAUUGGGAUGAGGAAUCAGUGACUAGCACUAUCGAUUCUGUUGAUACCGAUUUUACUAGCGAAGAAGAAGAAGAAUUAUCUAACAGAGAAGAGGUCACUGAAAAGAGUUCUGAAAAGACGGAAAAUUGUAAAGCUGAAGAAGUUGGCACGAAUUUGAAGGCCGAAAAAAAUAAUAUUCCCUCAGAGAAAGGAAAGCAGGAGAAGCAGAAAGAUGAAUACAGGAAUCAUGAAGUUAAGCAAGAGAAAAGAGAAGUUUAUGCGACUAAAAGUGAAAGUUCGCAGGCAGAAAAUGGUUAUAAAAGCGAAAGCCAAGAUGAAACGAGUGAUGUGAAAAUAAAAGUGAAAGUAAAUAACGAUGAAGCCAGCAAGAAAAAGUGUCACAACAGCAGAAAUGAGCCUACGCAAGUUCGUGUUGAAGCAAGUAAUAAUUCAAACUCCCAGGAUGUAAAGUUUGAUAACAAAGAAAAAAACAAUACAAGAGCAAGUAAGGACACAUUAAAUGCACAGCCAAUUCAAAAGAAUUUUUCUCCUGAUGGUGAAUAUGUGGGAAGAGCUGAUAAAAUAAUUGAUGAAUCCAUUUUGAAAGAAGCAACAAAUAAGAUCUACGAAAAAGAAAACGAUCCAGUUGAACAACUAGAAGAUUGGAGCAACUGGAAGUUUCCAAGGCAAGAAAUAAACUCUACCAACGGGGGGAAGGCAAAUUCUACUGACCAGCCGGAAGAGUCAAAUUUGACCAACAGGGGGAAGGGCGAGAAAAAGCCAAAGUCCACUAAAAAGGAGAAGAGUGACAAAAUAGCGUCAAAUUUGACCAACAGGGGGAAGGGUGAGAAAGUGCCAAAGUCUACUGACAAGGAGAGGAGUGACGAAGAAGCGUCAAAUUUGACCAACACUGGGAAGGGUGAGAAAGUGCUGAAUUCCACUAAUAGCGAGAAAAAGAGUGACGAAGAAGCGUCAAAUUUGACCAAGAGGGGGAAGGGUGAGAAAAAGCCAAAGUCCACUGACAAGGAGAGGAGUGGCGAAGAAGUGCCAAAUUCGAUCAACAGGGGGAAGGGUGGUGAAAAAGCGUCGAAAAGCUCAGUACUGGGAGGAAACAACGUAAAUUUGCCAAAAGGUGUACAUAGUUACCAGAAUGGGAAAACCCAACCUCCACACAGAGACUUUAAGUAUGAAAGCAUCAAAAAAAUGUAUGGUGGAUACAUCAAGACACAUACUGAUUCAACCCUCACAGAAAGAUACAUGAAACUUAUAGACGUGUAGCAGGAAAAGAUGCCAGUGGAAUAUAAAGGGGAGGGAAAGGAAGGUAGUAACACUGACAGCCUAUCUUAGGACUGAUUUCGAUACAUGUGGAGAUAGUGUAGUGAAAUGUUGAAUUUACUUCAAAUAAACUGUAUGUUUUGGUCAAACAAAGCAUCACCUCCACUUAACAAUAAAUUGGUUGCAAUGUAACUCAAUUUUAUAGGAAAUUAAAUCUAUUUUAGCAACACAA